GGGUUUUGUUUAUUUGUAGUGAUGAAUUCAGUCUUUAGUCUUAUUCAGUCUUCUUUAACUCUGUCUAUAGCUAUUUGGUCUAUUUGCCAACCUGUUCUUUUUAGGACAGGCUUUCACUAUCAUGCUGGUUUAUAUCUGGAGUAGAAGGAACCCUUAUGUCCGCAUGAACUUCUUUGGCCUGCUCAACUUCCAGGCCCCAUUCCUUCCCUGGGUGCUCAUGGGAUUCUCACUGUUACUGGGCAACUCCAUUGUUAUUGAUCUCCUGGGGAUUGGUGUAGGACACAUCUACUACUUCCUGGAGGAUGUAUUUCCUAACCAGCCCGGAGGCAGAAAGCUUCUUACCACUCCUGGAAUUUUUCGAGUUUUGUUUGACAUGCCUCAAGAAGAUCCGAAUUAUGCCCCUCUUCCAGAAGACCAGAGUGGGAUAUCCCGGAAUGGACAAGGUGUAGAAGAUAACGGCCAAGGUCAAAAUGAUGAAGAUCUUCAAAGAGAAGAAAACUGAAGGUUUCAAUACCACAAAGACAGCAAUAAAUCUUGUCAUGCUUUUAAAGUCCUCCUUGCUUUAGUUGGGGAAGUUUAUGUCUGCAUGUCAAUUUUUGUAAGUUAGACUGUGUAAUAGAAGACACUUUGUUAAAGAGGCGAUGCUUUAGCACACGGUCCACUGUGGAUCCAGGAAACCUGGAGACUAUGGCCACCUUAGUGCCUUUGUGUACAAAAUAAAUGGAUCCAAAUUUAGCAUUUAGUGCCAUGCAUGUCACAAA